GUCAAGGCGACAAGUUUGUGUGGAGCAUGGCUUUGAGUAGAGUGUCAGAAUACAGGCGUAUUCCUGUCACGAUUUCAUCACUAUUCCUGUGUAACCUUGGCAACCCAAAUUCCCCCAAAAACCGCAACACUACAACCAGUGGUCAAGAGCGACAGGCAUAUGCAGUCCUGCACUGUGCUCCUGGGUUGAUGUGGUUAGCAUUAUCACACUUGAUCAAUAACUAUUAAUGAAGGAAACCAUGGCUGAUUCAAGACGGGGCUCUUGCUCUGCGUUGCCAUGGAAACCAGAGCUGCAGAGCUGCAGGCUCGAAUUGGGAGUUGAUUUGAAAAGAAGAGAUCGAGAAGGAGGGGGUAUUUCAGCUGGAACGGGGGAGAAAGGUAGUCCAUAUAGUUAGAACCCAUAAACACAGGUAACCUAUUUUAUAACCUACUUUACUUAAAUGCAAAACAUCUAAUAUUAUAAAUAAAUGUAUUUGAUUUAGUAAAUAAAUUUUGUCUUUAGUCUUUUGGAGGCGUUCAUGUAGCUACACCCUGCACGCCGUGGUCUUCUGUUGAUCCAAAUCAUGCUACAUGCGAAACGUUACAAUCCUGACGAUUCAUGUCGAUGGUCACAGCGCCCUCUGUUAAUGUGCACUUCCGCUCCAAACCUGUAGAGGGCAACGGUGAGUCACACGUGUCACUACUACAGUACACGAGGAAACCACUCACAUUGAUGAAAAUCCCGCUCAUUCAGCAACAGUUCAGUGAUUUAAAACCUAGAUGCUACUGUAAAUAUUGAUGAAGCACUUUUAAAUUAAGGUUUAGUCAUAGAAUGCUUGCUUAGAGACUCGCGUGUGUCAUGACAGUUUCUUGCAUUGCCGAUAAAUCUGUAAUGGUUAAAUAUUGACGUGAUGACAGCGACGGCAAAUCCGUGUAACAUUUCUGCUGACCUGGAAAAGUUCGUUGUGAAGGAGGCUCCUCCAACUGUUUAUUAUGUUCCAAAUUUUAUAACGGAGGCUGAGGAGGAGUGUCUGUUGCAGCAGGUAUACAGAGCUCCCAAGCCCAAGUGGACACAGUUGUCAGGGAGGAGGCUACAGAACUGGGGUGGAUUGCCAAAUCCCAAAGGAAUGCUUGCUGAGAAACUCCCUGAUUGGCUUCUAAAGUACACCGAGAAAAUAUCGUCUCUUGGAGCUUUUGCUGGAAAGACAGCUAAUCAUGUGCUUGUAAAUGAAUACAGGCCAGGGGAGGGAAUUAUGCCUCAUGAGGAUGGACCACUGUACCACCCCACAGUAACAACUAUCAGUCUGGGUUCUCAUACACUUCUGGAUUUCUACAAGCCUGUUUGUCAGACUCAGUCUGAAAUUCCUCAAACAGAAGAAAGUCGCUACAUGCUAUCACUGUUGGUACAACAAAGAAGUCUGCUGAUUCUCCAAGAUGACAUGUACAAGCUUUAUCUGCAUGGUAUUCAGGGAGUUUGUGAGGAUAUUUUGUCAGAGCAUGUGAUGAAUCUCUCAUCAACAGGGGCUCAGGUGGGGGACACGCUGACCCGUAGCACCAGAGUCUCUCUUACCAUUCGCAAUGUUCCCAAAGUCAUCCGGGCCAAUUUGUUGCUUGGCAAGAAGUAAUACAUUCAGACACUUGCCUGAACUUUGAACCAGACAAACAGGUUAUACAUGUUUACACUCUCAAAGCAAAGUGUGAAAGUGCAAUACACAAAGUGACUACAAUAUAUUAUUGUACACGCAGAGCAUUAGUGUCUGUAAGGAUAUUUUACUAUAGAUACCUUACUGGGUGGCAUGUAUGCGACAGCCUUUGAAAUAUUUUUCCUCUCUAAGCUAAAGGUCUACACAAGGUUGUCUAAUCUUUUACAGACGGAUCUACAUUGACCAUGUUUUGCUUAAAGAUAAUAAAUGGAUGUUUUGCAGCAUGAAUAAAUUGCUGUAUUUA